GUCAAUAGCGCACGUAUCUGUAUUUGAUAUGCGUCAUCUUAGUAAUUUUACCCUGACGCGUUGUCUACUGUAUGCGAUCAUUCUUUGAAUGGUCGUCUGCAGUAAUGUACGUAUUCACAAUUUGCGGCGCGAGCGUACUCAACCGAUGCGUGGACUAGAUUUUUUGCGUUCUUGCCAGUCGUCGGCCGCCCGCACUAUCUGCGCUCACAAUCAAGCUUGUUAUCCUGCGGGACGAUUCGCUCAGCCGGCAUCACUCUCGUACGAUUGGCGGGCAUCCCAACAGCACGUGAACACUACCUGACGACGCGAGGACCCCCUCUUGGGAACGAUCCCUGCUCGUAAACGGCACUGGGCCACUUUGGCGACCGGUUCUAAGAUAUCGCAGCGCAUGCGCAACGAAGGAAGAAUACACGGCCAGUUUACGUUUUAUCAGUACUACAGUAGCUCAGUUCGAGAUACACGGUUUGUCCUCCAUCCGUAAUGCCAACAGAUUUAGACAUGUUGCUGUCAGCCGGGCCACCACUUUUUUCGGGCGGCAGCAAUGUUUCCGAGUGCCGCCUGAGUGCCUGUGUGCUGCCACCGCAGAGAGCUCUCUUCAACCCUCGAAUCGCAAAGAAUGGGUUCAGACGCGCGUCAACGAACGUACCGCCCAUAAAGCCGUGCAUGUCGCCUCGAGAUGAAGAAAUCCAAAGCGAGCCCACAAGUCCGACUGGACGCGGCAAGCAACGACGUGUAUCCUUCGCCGAUGACAGAGGACUGGCGCUAACCGAGGUGCGGGUCAUGGUCGAGCCUUCCGACUGUCCGCCGCGCUGGUCCGACGAGUUCGUGGCCCACAUCACCCGAGCUGACGUCCAACCAGAUCCGGGCCCGACCUGGGAGGCAACCUUCACCCAGCCAGCCUCGGAUUACCUCACCUUCCGGCACCAGCUGGAGUCGAACUGUGUCUGCCUAGAGAACGUCAUUGUUCGAAACCAGGAGAACUCCCUAACCGGAACCAUCAAAGUCAAGAACGUAAGCUUCGAGAAGGAAGUGUUUGUGAGAGUCACAUUCGACGCCUGGAAGACUCAACAAGACUAUGCGGCGAGCUACGUUCCCAACGGCCACCUGGCGGCGUUCUUCGACACCUUUGCGUUCUCUGUGCCGAUCCCAUCUCAGCACGGCGGAACCGUUGAGAUGUGCGCGUGCUUCCGACACAACGGCACGGAACACUGGGACAGUAACGGGGGCAAGAACUACCGCCUGCUGUGCAAGAACGUCCCACCGCAGGCCCCACAGCCGGUCCGGCGGUUCACGGACCCCCUGCGGGCGGAAGUGGACUCGUGGACUGAAUUUGCAAGCUGGCGGAACCUCAUAACCGAGGGUCCGUACUGGUGAGGGGGGACUGUCCGGCGGUGUCGUUUCAUUUUUGGGGGACCUGGAGGAGGGGGAAAAGUCUAGUCUGGAUCUGCAAAGGUGGAAGAAAGUGUGUACACCCAGUACCUGCUGUUCGAGUGCCAAGGGGAGAACUUUCUUUGAGCUUUACACAAAAAAAAAAAGAAAAAAAAAAGAAGAUUGUUGGCCGUGGUUGCUUUAGGAUGUUUUCCAUUGUACAUACGAGCGUGUAUUCCUUACAGGGGCAGUCUAUUUACACAUUGCUAGAGGUUGAUCGGCCUCGCGUGUAUUCUGUGAUUAUUCUAAAUGUCUCACCAUCCACUCGUGCCAUACAGUGUUAGCUAGAGUUGCGUCGUAUCUAUCUCUAUCUCUCUAGUUUCGGUUGCGUCUGAUGUGUCCGAAGGGUUCGGUGGCGUCGCCCCCCCCACGCGCCCCCGCCUAGCGGGUUACGCGUGCGGGGGGGGGGGCCCGCAUUACUGUGAGAGGACGAGGCAGAGUUUUAGACUCUGAGAGGCCUGAUGCUGGAAGUACAAUGCUUGCUGUCUUUCAGCUACGUUAUGUACGCCUGAUGUUUUAUGCAGGGGUUGUAAAUAAACGAGAUAUUUUUUUU